AUGAAGUCCAUUUUACUCUUAGCUUUCUUGGGAGUGGCUCUUGCCUUCCCCAUUGAUGAUUUUGAUGAUGAUAAGAUUGUGGGAGGAUACACCUGCCAGAAGAAUGCAGUCCCCUAUCAAGUCUCACUGAAUUCUGGAUACCAUUUCUGUGGGGGUUCCCUCAUCAACAACCAGUGGGUGCUGUCCGCUGCUCACUGCUAUAAAUUACGCAUCCAAGUGAGACUUGGGGAAUACAGUUUGACCUUAAAUGAUGGCUCUGAGCAGUACAUUAACUCAGCCAAAGUCAUCCGUCACCCCAAUUACAACUCCCGGCUCUUGGACAAUGACAUCAUGCUAAUCAAGCUGUCCACACCAGCCACCCUCAAUAGCCGAGUCAAAUCAGUCUCUCUACCCACCAGCUGUGUGACUGCUGGGACACAGUGUCUCAUCUCUGGUUGGGGCAACACACUCAGCAGUGGCACUAACUAUCCUGACACUCUGCAGUGCCUGGAUGCUCCUGUCCUUUCCUCCAGUAAGUGCAGUCAGGCUUAUCCAGGACAAAUCACCAGCAAUAUGAUUUGUAUAGGAUUUUUGGAAGGCGGCAAAGACUCUUGCCAGGGAGACUCUGGUGGUCCUGUGGUCUGCAACGGACAGCUCCAGGGAAUUGUCUCCUGGGGCCUUGGAUGCGCCCAGAGGGGCUAUCCUGGAGUCUACACCAAGGUUUGUAACUACAUCUCAUGGAUUGAAAGUACCAUGAAGUCCAACUGA